GAUUCGCAAUCAUGCUCUAGAAUUCGACCAGUGGAUGUACGCUACUGCCUGAGACGUCGUCAGCGUUACAAUUACCAAUUUCGGUCGGAGAGCGUGUUCCAGCAGUACCCAGCGUUUUCAACUUGCAGUCCUUUCAGCUUGAAUUUAGAUCAAGUGAGCUGCCCACCGUUGCGUUAUAUAGAGGCAUACGCAAGGAUUAUCUCAAUGGUACCUCCAUUUGCAAUUCGAUCUCGAAUAGACCUUCCCAUCUGGCUGAACAGAGAUCCCAUUUCUGAAGAACGGCGGAGAUGUGCACCGGUGCAGUUUGAUGAUGCUGAUGACGUCGAACGUCCGCAGCAUGUAUCGAAGUCUAAGAGAGCACGGUUAACCGAACGAAGUUCAAUCUCAUCAACUGAAUCAUCCUCCAUGGAAGAAAGUGAUGAAGAACGAAAAGAUAAGUCCUACAGAGUUAGCGGGUACAGCGAAAAGCGAAGACAUGAGAUUCGAAGAGCUAGAAACAAAAAGAAGCAACGGCGACGAGCAAGGCGUUUGCGCGGAGUGGAAUCGGAUUCGGAGUCGAGUGAAAGUCUGGAUUCUUACUACAAAGUUAAAUUGGAGAUGCCAAAAUAUUCUGAUAUUGAGGUGCCAAGGUGGCGGAAGCUUUCGCAAAGGGAAGUUGCUGAGUUGACGAAUCACCAGGUGCCUUUCGAAUGCUGUAGCAUAGAACGGUUGGAGAAUUCAGUGGCGAAGAGACAUUUACGCCUUGCAACGGAGGAGCGAUUAUAUUUCGAAGUAGGCAGUGCAUUUUGUGCUAUCCACGCUUUUUGA